CUUAGAAGAAGAAACUUCAAAAAAUAAUAAAAUGUUAAAAACAGCUGUCGGCUUUUUAGCGAAUCGGGGAAAUAAGUUGUGCACUUUUUCGACUCGUAAUUGUAACAUUCUUAAAAUGGUUGAUGCAAAAUUGGAAGCUGUACCACUUGUUGAAAUCGAUGAAGGAAUCUUCAAAUAUGUCCUCAUCCGGGUUUAUGGAAAGGAGCAGGCAGAUGGAAGUGAGCCAAGCAAGAAAAUAGUUCGUGGCUAUAAAGAUGCAGAGUGGCAUUCUGACAUUUACGAUCGUGUAAGUGGAUCGUGCAAAGGACUAGGCCUCGAUACAGAGUGUUUGGGAGGUGGUCGUAUUGAACAUAAUCCCAAUGCCAAGCUUAUUAAAGUGUACGGUUAUUCACAGGGUUUUGGAAAGGCUGAUCACGCAGAAUCGAGAAACAUUAUCAAAACAAAAUAUACAGACUAUGACAUUGAAAUCUCUGAUGAAGGUUAUUGAAGUUUCGAAAGAGCUUAAUAAUAUUAUUGCAGGGCACAAUAAAAGGUUGCGAGAUAAAUGUAAUUAAAAUCUGUUUAUAAUAAAAUAAAUACAAACAAAUCCUCACA